AGGGGCAGUGCUGAAAAGCGUAGGGUGACAGUUCUUAUAGCGACGCCACAAUAGGAAAUUGCAAAAUAAAUCAAAACAAACGAAAAUGAAUCAUCUAAAGUGGAUGGGGCACUCGUCCACGAUAAUGGACAUCCAGCGCUCACUGCGGAACGAUUCCCAGAGCUGUGAAGUGGUGCUGGCCUCCAGGGAUGGAGUUCGGGUGCGCGCCCAUCUCUUCGUGCUGAGUACUUGCAGCGACCUGAUGCGGAACAUUCUAGUGGACGUGCUCCCGGGGCAGGAGGCUACCAUCAUGCUUCCUGAUAUAAGGGGCGAACUUCUCGAAAGCAUGCUUUCCUUUAUAUACAUGGGAGAGACCAGCCUGCCCUCCGCGUCGCUCUCGGAGUUUUUGGAAGCCAUCAAUCUUUUGGGAAUCAAGUCUGCCAUUAGUUUUGAGUGCAAUCCUUCGAUUUCAAAUCACUCCGCGGACGUAAGCUCAGCUAGUACGAUGGCUGUGGAGACUGCCAAAUCCAUAUCUGGUCUGCAGAUAGCCCAGGCAGAACUUCUGGAGGACGAGGAGGAGGUCCCAGCCCCCAGUACCGUUGCAGCCACUGUCAUGGCUGACCCGCCCACUCACUCUGCACGUUCGCUGGAAUACUUGGACGUAUACGACCCCCCGAAGAUCACCUACUCCAUCGAGCAUAUGGAUGGAAACACAAGUGGCAAUCAGUAUAUUCUUACGGAAAAUACGGGAACCUUUACCAUUACACAGACCGCUUCUUCUCUGAGCAAGCUAACAGACCCAACGGAAGCAGCGGCUGGUGUUGCCGAUGCGGAAAUGGCGGAAGAAGAUGUUGACGCAGAUGGGGAUGGGGACGCGGAUCAGGACCCAGACGUAGACCUUGCUGAAGACUCCGAGGAACCCGAUACCCAGAUUCUAGAAGAAGAGUAUGUGGCAACCAAUCCGCCUUUCGAGAUAGAAAACGCAGGAGACAUGGACGACGAUGAUAUGCCCGAGGAAAUUGAUGAGGAAAUUCUGGAGGUAAAACCACGUAAGUUUGGUGGAGGAAAACCACGCGGCCGCCGUUCAAUGGGUGCCAGGACGACAAGGAGGUCAUUUGGUAAGCACCACCAGCACCAGCAAGAGGAAUUCGUGAAUCUGAAGCGCGAUAUAAAGGAUGAUAUUAACGAUGCCCUGGACAUGGCAGCAGAUGCAGUGAUCCUCGAGGGAUUGAGCCUGCAGAAGGCAGCCGAUCGAUUCGACAUCUCCAAAACGGUGCUGUGGCGUCGUGUGCGCACUAAUCCAGCUUAUAUGCGAAACAAUCGGGAAAGGCCUUCACUUUCGGAGGCAUAUGAGCGCCUUAAGAACGGAGACUCUCUGAAGAGCAUCAGCCAGGACCUGCGUAUCCCCAUGUCCACUCUGCACCGGCACAAGGUACGUCUGUCGGCCCAAGGCCGUCUGCCCGAUUUCGUGGCCUGUCGCCGCAGGGACACCACGCCGAAGGACGAGCUACGCGACAAAUUGGCCAAAGCAGUACAUGCAUGCCUGAACGAGGGCAUGUCCCAGAAUCAUGCAGCGAAUCUCUUUGAAAUCCCGAAGAGCACACUUUGGCGUCACCUUCAGCGCCAGGAGGACCGGAAGGUUAAGAAGGAGCAGCAGGACGAGUACGAGGACGAUCUGUUAAACUAGAGUUUGUAGAAGCAAUCUUUAGUUUCUUUUUUAGAUUUAUUUUUAAGCAGUUUACGCGUACUUUGUCCCAUCAAAAUGCAUAUAAUACUAAUAGCAUGUUAAUGUUUAUAAUCUAAAAUAAACCAAACCUAUCAUAUACGUUAUUUUAUCAAUGAAGUAGUGUGAGAAUUCAAGCACUAGGUAGUUCCCCCGAAAUAAAUCUAAGAAGCCAUUAUUGCUAAGUAAAUGCGUGUGUGUAGGACGUCCCCUCAACGUGUUCUCCUCCAUAGUUUCCUAAUUAUGAAUUUAAAUAAAAAUAGAAAACCCUAAA